GCCAACCACCGUGGGUUUAGUAUCGCGUCCGAUCUCACCACACCCAACUGCCGCACUAGGUCACUUACAACGAUCAUAGUUCUCCUUCACCAUGUCCUUGGCGGCACACUUGUUCUGCUCGGCAAUGCUCCGCGUCUUGAGCAUCGGCGCCUCCAGUUCAAGUUCUGUCUUGUCGCGAUCCAACUGCAAGCGUUUUCCAUGGUAUUUCCACCUUGUUAAACAAUUUAUCCUCGACAACAAAACAUGGAUUUGCAUUGAUACUAAGGUUGGCUACAUCCAAAUUUACGUUAUAGGAAAAUCAGAAACUCUACCUUGUUGCAAUUAGCACCUUCUAUUGGUCAAGUAA